GGGUAGGCUAUGCGUGACAAUGCUAAAGGCCCGCCCCUCUGCUUUCAUGCACUGCGAAGUAGUUGCGUGCGUGAAACAACUCCGUCAGGGACGAACGUUUUCACAAGUGAACUUGAGGCUUUUUGGAUUCAUCAAUGAGCUCGUCCAGGCACUUGUAGCUGCUUGGAGUGAAGACCGGACUGGGAGACCGCUACCAGGAAAACGACCAGUUUUUUCUUCCAGUCGGGAUUCAACAUGAAAUUCUGGAUUUGUGUACUUGCUGUCAGCUGGGCAGUUGAAGCGACACACGGGGGGACCAGCCAGGAGCCCUGUAAUGGGCUGGACUGUAGUGGAGGAUGUAACUGUAACCCAGAGAAAGGUGGCAGGGGGCGCCCAGGGGCAUUGGGGCCAGUAGGACCCGGUGGACCAGAGGGGUUCCCAGGCGACCAAGGGCCUUUAGGGCAAAAAGGAGAGAAGGGCCACUUCGGACGCAUGGGCCCCUCUGGGCUGAAAGGAGACAAGGGGCCCAUGGGCGUACCAGGGUUCCCAGGAAACGACGGAGUCCCAGGUCACCCAGGUCAGGACGGUGGCAGGGGUCUACCAGGGUUUGAUGGAUGUAAUGGUACCCAGGGAGACCCAGGUCCCAGAGCUGUAGAUGGAGGAAUACCUGGAGCUUCAGGACUCCCUGGGCCUACGGGUCCUAAAGGGCAGAAGGGAGAACCUGUAUAUGUUGGAACCAGAGAGGGAUUUCCUGGUUUACCUGGACUGGACGGUGUACCUGGUCCUAGAGGCCCUAAUGGAAGGCCUGGUGACAUCGGCCCCAGUGGUCCUGAUGGAAUCCUUGGUAAUCCAGGUCCCCCCGGUCCCCCUGGUCCUGUAGGGAGCCCCAGCCUCGGCUUCCGGGGGGAGCCAGGAGCUAAGGGCAACACGGGGCCACCCGGACCUCGAGGCGUGCCCGGCAACGAGCCGCUAGUAGGCUCAUCUAUUACCACUAUCUACAAAGGAGAUAAGGGGGAAGAGGGUUACAAAGGAGUGCGUGGACCAUCUGGUAGACCCGGCCCACCUGGUCCUUUUGGCUAUCCUGGUGAGAAGGGAGAGAAUGGAAUUCUGGGGUAUCCAGGGGGACGGGGUCCUCCUGGUUUUAAUGGACCUCCCGGAUCUCCAGGAAGACCAGGAUUCACAGGCAGUCCAGGGUUCCCCGGGCAACCAGGCUACAGUGGACCUAAGGGUGACCAGGGGGAACAGGGGCCUCCCGGGCCCCCCAUCUACGCAGACACACAAGGGUUGGCUGUUCAAGGAGCACCAGGUGACAAUGGUAUCGACGGCUUCCCCGGCCAACCUGGUGACACUGGCUCUCCAGGGUUUCCAGGACAACCAGGACGACCAGGCGACUCCUUCGGCGAUGGUCGAGGAGGCAGCCCAGGGUUCCCUGGCACCUUAGGACCUAAGGGAGAGAGGGGUAACCCUGGCAGACAGAGCUACGGCCCUGAGGGCCUACCAGGAGGACCAGGAUUACCAGGACCCCCCGGACCUCCCGGACAACCAGGCAGAUCUGUCAACAUCCAGCCCGGCAGGUUUGACAAUCUACCAGGAGCGCCAGGACGACCAGGAGGCCAGGGACCACCUGGAGCCAGCGGAUACAAAGGACCCAAAGGGGAACUGGGUGACUGUAACUGCCUGGGAGGAGGCACCACGGGUGGGGUGGGGGCCCCGGGGGCUCCUGGGUCUGAUGGAAGACCUGGUGCCUUCGGCAGGAAGGGCGAAAGUGGAGACCCAGGCAUACCCGGUUUCGGAGGACAACCAGGAACACCUGGCCGUGUGGGCGAGAGGGGUUUCUUCGGGCGUAAAGGAGAAAAGGGUGCCUCCUUCUACCCCUCGUUCAGCGGAGGGAUCCAGGGUGAACAGGGGGCCCAGGGCCUUCGAGGGCCCCCUGGAAACAUGGGCCGACCCGGGAGAGACGGACUUCCUGGGUCCCCCGGACAGCCUGGGCCUCCUGCUGAUGUUGAUGGCUAUGGAACCAUUGGAGAGAGAGGAUUCCCAGGGUUCUCAGGCGCCAAAGGUCGCGCCGGUGAACCUGGAGAGAACGGGAUUGGCUACCAGGGUUCCAUCGGACCCCGUGGGUUUCCAGGCGACUCGGGCUUUGCGGGGUUACCAGGGCAACCUGGUUUACCUGGCCCUCCAGGUGACAGCUGUGGGCAGGAGGGGGUUAAUGAUGCAGAGGGAGGGCUGACGCUACCAUGUCGUCUACCUGGUGAGGAUGGAAUCCCAGGCCUCCCCGGAAUACCUGGAAGACUAGGUCCCAAGGGCGAGCCAGGUUUCCCAGGUGGUCCCGGUCGGCCCGGUUUUGACGGAGGGAAGGGAGAGAGAGGAGACCCAGGUUACGGGGGCCAGCCUGGGCCACAAGGUUUCCCUGGCCCCAGAGGAGAUGCGGGUGGCCCAGGUAUCCCAGGCGAGGGUCGUCCAGGGGCACCAGGGAAGAACGGGCUCCCGGGGCGGCCAGGGGGGAAGGGCCGGCCGGGGGAGGUGCUGGGGUCCUCAACAGGGCUCCCUGGAACACCUGGGUUCCCAGGAGGACCAGGAGACAAGGGAGAGCCAGGAGCAUCAGGACUUCCCGGAGGAUCAGGUUUUGAUGGUCGGUCGGGCAUUCCCGGAGCUAAGGGUGAGCGCGGUACGGAUGGCUACCCCGGAACUCUAGGUCUUCCCGGACUUCCUGGAGACAGAGGCAAUGGAUUUCCCGGUCCUGCUGGACCAGCCGGAAGCAAAGGAUUUCCCGGAUCUCCAGGCUACCCCGGUUUAAAAGGAGCCAGAGGUGACACGGGCUUCCCAGGCCCAACUGGGAGGAAGGGACAACCAGGACAACCAGGAGGGGAUGGAUCAUCAGGACUCAGGGGCCUUCUGGGACCGCCGGGCCCCGGGGGAAGAAACGGCAUCCCUGGGGGACCAGGAAGGAAGGGCGAGAGCGGUUACCCUGGACUGGUAGGUUUCCCCGGAAUGCCAGGUAACCCUGGAAGACCUGGUGGACCAGGAGGUAAAGGAGCUCCGGGGUUCUCAGGAAAAGACGGCCUGCCCGGUGACUUCGGAGCGCCAGGACCUAAAGGUGACCAAGGUUACCGUGGUCUCUCUGGCCCACCCGCUCUGCCCCCCAGAGUAGAUUACCUGGAGAAGGGACAGAAGGGCGACAACGGUGCCAACGGACUACCUGGUUUCCCUGGACCUAGAGGUGACAAGGGUUUCCCAGGCCAGCCUGGUCGUCAGGGUUUGCCCGGGCUGCCUGGUUAUGCUGACAGGGCUAAAGGGGAACCAGGACUCCCCGGUCUCCCUGGACGCCCAGCCGGGCCAGGCUACCCAGGCCCUAUUGGAUCUCCCGGUAUCAUCGGUUUCCCUGGCAUGCCUGGACCAAGGGGUGACGAUGGCAGGCCUGGUUUCCCUGGUAACCCUGGAGUCCCUGGUCAGCCAGGUGCUAAAGGGGAGAGAGGUGACUCAUCCGGCUACCCCGGAAGUCCCGGAGCUAAAGGUGAGUCCGGAACCCCCGGUUUCCCAGGUGGCCAAGGUGCUAAUGGCGCCCCCGGCGACAACGGUUUCCCAGGGGGCCCUGGGUUCAGCGGACAGAAGGGAGAAGCGGGAGUUCCUGGAAGACCCGGACUCUUGGGUACCCCUGGUUUCACUGGGGCUAAGGGUCUGAACGGAUACCCAGGAGGAAGAGGUCUCGACGGGACGACUGGCCGCCCUGGCUCCCCUGGAUCAUCUGGAGAAAAAGGUCUGCCGGGAUCUCCUGGUCUUGAUGGACUCAACGGACUGGCUGGACCGAACGGUCUACCAGGAACCCCGGGUUAUAGUGAGGAGGGGCGCCCCGGCACCCCUGGAGCGGCCGGUUUGAAGGGAGAGAGGGGAUCCUCCAUCCCAGGACCCCCGGGAUACAACGCGGAGAUGGGAGCGAGGGGAGAGUCAGGGGGUCCUGGUAUGACGGGCUUCCCAGGUCUGCCUGGUCGUCGUGGGGAGACAAUCGGCUCCAAUAUCCCUGGACCUCUGGGAGACCCAGGCCUGCCCGGACUCGAUGGAGAAGAAGGUUACGGUGGUCCUCCAGGCCCCCCAGGCCCACCGGGGCCCAGUACGGCCCAGGGAGACAGGGGUGACGCUGGGCUACCUGGCUUCUCCGGCACCCCUGGAAGACGUGGAGACCCUGGAGGUCCCGGUGGCCCAGGAAGGGAAGGCAGCCCUGGGUUCAAUGGAGAGAGAGGCGACUCUGGGUACAGUGGAGUGUCAGGAACCAAAGGCUACCCUGGAGAUCCAGGAUAUUACGGAGGGAAAGGACCCAAAGGAAGGAAAGGUUCUUCUGGUCGUAAGGGGCCCCCAGGUAUAACUUUACCGCCCUCGAACUUCGAGACUCCCUACGGAGACUUGGGAGGCCCUGGGCUCAACGGAGCUCCAGGGGCCAUGGGAGAACCAGGCAAUCCCGGCAUUCCAGGCAGAGGGGGUCCUAAAGGCAGGCCCGGUGCGGUGGGGAGGCUGGGGAGGAACGGAGGGUCAGGUCUGGAUGGACCUCGGGGAGACCCUGGUUCUCCUGGUUUCCCUGGACCUUCCGGAUCACAAGGUCUGCCUGGUAAGCCUGGUCUGCAGGGUCCCCCUGGCAGUGUGGCCCGCAGCAGGAGUGUUGGUUUCACCCUGGUGAAACACAGUCAGAACAACCAGGUACCCAUGUGUCCCCAGGGCAUGUCCCGGCUCUGGGAGGGAUACAGUCUGCUGUACGUAGAGGGGCAGGAGAAGGCACACAACCAGGACCUCGGUAUGGCGGGCUCCUGCCUCCCCCGUUUCAGCACUGUCCCCUUCCUCUACUGCACGCCCAACGAGAUCUGUUACUACGCCAGCCGCAACGACAAGUCCUAUUGGCUGUCCACCACUGCGCCCAUCCCCAUGAUGCCGGUGGGAGAGGAGGCCAUCAGCCAGUACAUCAGCAGGUGCUCCGUGUGCGAGGCCAUGUCCCAGGCUGUGGCCGUCCACUCCCAGGACCUCACCAUCCCCACCUGCCCUGCUGGCUGGAGGUCCCUCUGGAUCGGGUACUCCUUCCUCAUGCACACAGCUGCCGGGGCAGAGGGCGGAGGCCAGUCCCUUGUUUCACCCGGCUCCUGUCUGGAAGACUUCCGUGCAACUCCCUUCAUCGAGUGUAACGGGGCUAAGGGCACCUGCCACUUCUUUGCCAACAAGUACAGCUUCUGGCUGACCACGGUGGAGCCUAACCGCGAGUUCAACCCCCCUCCGAUGGACACACUGAAGGGAGGCAACCAACUCAGCAGAGUCAGUCGCUGUCAGGUCUGCAGUAAGAUCUUGUAGCCGGGAGAAGAGUCGAUGAUAGAGAGAUAGAGAGAAGAAAUGGAAAACACAGAGACUGAAACAACAAAAGAGAGGGUGAUGAUUACUUCUCAGAAAGAAAAAGAGAGAGGAAGUAAAAAAUAAAAAAACAUUCCCCCUUAAAAAAAAUUAUUGACCAGAUGACUGACUGAAUUUAAGCACCGUCCCCUGCUUCAUCCCAGGAUCUCACUUGGGGUGUAAAGGUGUCCUGAAGGGCUGACGAGGGCACUUCUGUGGGUUUAUGAUGCGUGAAUAUCGAUGUUAGAGAGAGGGGGAUGGAUAUAGAACGAGAGAGAGAGAGGGAGGGAUGGAGAGAUGUGGGGUCUUGGGUUUGAUUGCUUUGCACUAGGAUAUCACUGACAGUGUUGCUAAUAUGUGUCUUUAUGUGGGUGUUUUAUCGUUUCUAUGGCUACGUGGUCUGAAAACAUUCACGGCUACCUAGUGCAACUGCAAACCAACCCUUCGGACCACACUGCCGCCCUAUUCCCUAUAUAGUGCACUACUUAUGGCUUGGGCUCCAUAGGCCUCUGGUCACAAGUAGUGAACAAUACAGGGUUCCAUUUGGGACAGAUCUCUACCAUAACAACUACAGUCAUAAACCUGAGAGACCUGCUAUACUGUACAUACCUAUUUACUGCUAGCCAACCACUUUAACACACACACACACCAAUGAUAUCUUUGAUGUCUGAGAUACAGUAAGACUCUGUUAUUACCAAUAUGUCUUCUUUUUUUAUGUUACCCUACUCCGGGACUCAACUUGACAACAGUUUGGAAAAAGGCACUU